UCGGCUUCUGCCACGAUGUACAAGAUGCAUUUCUUGUCUUGCAUUGCACUAACUCUUGCACUCGUCGCAGACGGGGCACCUAUUUCAAGCUCUAGGAAGGAAACACAGCACCAGCUGGAUGGUUUACUGACGGAUUUACAGAAGCUUUUGAAGGGAGUUAAUAAUUACAAGGACCCCGAACGCUUCAUGAUGCUCACAUUUAAAUUUAACAUGCCCAAGAAGGUCACAGAACUUCAACAUCUGCAGUGCCUCGCAGAAGAACUCAGACCUCUGAAGGACGCGUUACUUUUAGUUCACAGCAAAAACUUUCCCUUCAGCGAGAUCAAGGACUCAAUGAACAAUAUCAAUGUAACAGUUCAGGUACUAAAGGGACCUGAAACAAGAGUCCCAUCUGAAUGUGAUGAUGAGACAGCAAACAUUGUAGAAUUUCUGAACCAAUGGAUUACCUUUUGUCAAAACAUCUUCUCAACACUGACUUAAGUGCCUCCCAUUUAAAAUUUAUCAGGCUUUCUAUUUAUUUAAAUAUUUAAAAAUUAUAUUUAUUUUUUGAUGUAUGGUUUGCUAUCUUUUGUAACUAUUAUUGUUCGUCUUUAGAUGACAAAUAUGGAUCUUUUAAGAUUCUUUUUGUAAGCCCUAGGGGCUCUAAAAAUGUACGUAAAUUAUUUAUCCCAAAGUAUUUAUUUUUAUAUUGAAUUGUUAAAUAUAUGUCUA